UCAAAAAGUGCUUGAUGUUUUAAUUCAUAUGUUAAUAUGAACCAACAUAUCGCUUUUAUGUUUUCAGAUUGUACAUGGUCAGUAAAACCAUGGAAUAAAUAAUUGUGUGACUAUGAAGAACACGGAUGUUGACCGGGGAUACUCGUGGGUUGUUUUAAUAUUUUGUGGUAUAAUAUACUUAAUCAUCGCUGGAGGUGUUAAAUCCUUUGGUGUGUUAUACACGGAGUUGUUAGAAUACUAUGAAGCUGGUGCCGGUAACACAGCAUGGAUAUCAAGUGUAUGCUUGUUGCUUUUCAUGGGAUUAGGACCAUUUUCCAACUAUCUUGGAGAAAGAUACACAUAUCGGUUAAUGAUGGCAAUAGGAAGUGUGCUGGUUUUAAUUGGAUAUACAGCCAGUGCUUUUGUUCCAAGGAUGGACAUAUUGUACUUGACUUAUGGAGUUGUUGCAGGUACUGGUUACGGGUUGAUAUUUGCUCCUUGUACUACCAUCAUAAGUUUUUAUUUUAAAAAGAGACGAAGUUUAGCCAAUGGACUGAUGGUGUCUUUUAGUGGUUUUGGAAGUCUUUUUUUUCCGUAUAUGUAUAGAUUUUUGAUUGAUAAAUAUGGACUUCAUGGUGCCUUGCUUAUUAUUGGAGCGGUUUUUUUCCAUACGUGUGCUGCAAGUUUAUUUUUACGACAGCCGCCUCAGUUAUUGAAAAAGAAACAAACAACAGAGGAAGAAAUAGCUUUAGCUACUCCUCAGAAGAUUGAAACACCAGAAAAAACACCAUCUGGAUGUUUUAAUGAAGCCAAAACAAGAAUCUUCAAAUUAGAUCUGUUUUACAAUCCCAAAUAUACAAUUCUGUUCUGUGCUAUUUUUUUUCAAACGGCUAAUUUUGCAGGAAACUUAGUAGCACUACCUGGACAUAUACAAUCUUUAGGAUUUGGAAAACAGACAAUAGCAUUAUCUGUGUCCUUACUAGGUGGAUCUGAAAUCGUAGCCAGGGCUUUUUUAGGAUGGUUUGCUGACUUGAACAUUAUUACUCGUACUCAUUUAUUUAUGGUGUGUACGUUUGUUAGUACAAUCAUUGCUUUUUGUAUACCGCAUUUGCCAUACAAAGAAGCAGUGUUAUGUUAUGCCGUACUUAUGGGAACCUUCUCUGGAUCUUUUUGGAGCUUGAUGGGUGUCUUGAUGGUUGAUUGUGUAGGACUUGAUAAUUUUUCUCCAGCAUUUGGACUUUUGUCAAUGGCAAGUGCCUUUGCAAUCUUAAUCGGCCAACCUAUUACAGGUUGGUUGAAAGAUGCUACAGGGAGUUGGAACAUGUCAUUUCGUUUUACUGGCUUGCUUAGUGCUCUAUCAUUCUUGUUUUGUUCGACUGGUCCGAUGAUUGAACGUUGUUGGUGCUGUCAUCAAAACACUGGGACUAUUAUUAUUGAAGAUACUAAACAUGUAGAAGAAGUAAAUGGAGAAGUUGAAGAAAGUGUCCUUCUUAAAGAGUGAUCAUAAAAUCCUUUACUCUUAACCUUCAUGUUUCGAUUUACUAGUAUUCUCAAUUCUGGCCAUAUGUAAUUAGUUUUUACAUUAAGGUAUCGUGUAUUUGAAGUGCUUUAAACGGCAACAUAUCAAAACGUAUCAAAAUAUGUAUAUGUCAUAUCACGUGAUAAAUAUUUGUUUUAAGUUUAUAACUAAGUGUUGAUGAUAUAAAUUUAUCGAUAUCAUACAUGGUAUCAACCCUCAAACAAUAUAAUCCGUGGAGGUGAGUUCUCUGGACUAUAGAUGUGUCUCGGGAUAUGGAUGUGAUAUUGAAAAAGCCAUUAUGUAAAAUGUUUACAACUUGAAUUAAUUUGUUAAAUCUGUAAAUAAUCUCAUUACAAUGGGAUGGAAUAUCUUUAAGAUCUGUAAAUUGUAUCCUUUGAUUAAAUUGUUAAUCCUCAUGGUUUAGCUCAAUGUGAAUUGAAUUUUAUAGAAUUUGAAAGGUUUUUUUUUUGAAUCUGGACUUUGUUUUUUACAGUUAUAUCUUCAUUAUUGCAUUAAAAAAUACAGAAGUUUAUUGACAGUAGUGGAAGCAUUCAUGAUACACUUCUGCUGAUCUCCAAAUUUUUUCAUGGUUUACUGUUGAGCCUGUAGCAUUUACAAGGAAGCAUGAUAUAGAGAUUCUACAUUUCGUCGUCGGCGGCUUCUACAUUUAGGUGAAGUCUGUGGUUAAUUUUUUUUUAAACAUCAAUAUCUUUGUCAAACCUCCAUGGAAUUGAAUGAAAGUAAGACAGACACUUUGUAUGAUCAGGAAUGUUAGUUGAUUAUAGGGCAAUUUGUAUUUGAGAGUAUGUUACAGUGAGAUGAUCCCUAACAACAAAUAAUGAUAUCAGUUACAUCAGUUACUAUGUUAUGUGAUCAAAGGAAUCCAAAUUGAUCAAGAAAAUCCAAAAUAUAAAUAUAUUGUAUAAAUGUAGUUCCAUUUGAUGUCGAUUAUUCUAGGAAAUCCUGAGAAACCAUAAUCUACUAGUAUUAAGUAAAUAUAUAUUUGAGGUCCAGUAUUUGAUUAAAUACUCUAUGAAAGUUGGAAGUAAGUUUGAUGUCUCAAAGUUCCAGGAAUUCCAAUGGGAAAAGUGUAUUUAUACGAUUAUUCUCAUCUAGAACUAAAAUGUAUGCUUACAUUUGACUUUACACUUAAUACUGUUUUCCUAUGUUAUCUAUGUAUAUUCAUACUGUUUCAUAUGUUAUCUUUGUAUAUUCAUACUGUUUCAUAUCUUUGUAUAUUCAUGAUGUUUUUUAUAUGUUAUCAAUGUAUUUUCAUAUAUGAAAUCUUUAUAGAGGUGCAAUCGAACAAGUUAUAGUGAUAGAAGAUCAUGAAUCAUUUUUCAACAUGCAUUCCUUUAGCAUCUGGCUUUUUAGAAAAAAAAUGAUAGUUAGGUCUGAAUAUAGGACAGUGAUUCUUGGGUACAUUGGGUACCUGAUUAAGCAGAUGUUAUAACAUGGUGAAGAGUAAAAUAAGUGUUUUGAAAAUCUCAACAUUGCCCCUUUAUAUCUCAAUGUUUCUGUACCUAUAAUAAGAUAAAUAAAAAGAAUUUUAAAUGAACAAAAACAGCUUCAAUUUCAUAAGGACGAAGUAAUGCAGUGUAAAAAAAUCUUGACAUAUACUGAGAGCGAAUUCAUGAUUACUUAAUCUGUUUGGUAUAUAAUUCAGGCCUUUUUUACUCCAAUAAAGUGACAUUGUUUUUCCUAGACGAUUUAAUACUACAAGGUCAUACUUAUGUGUAUAAUGCAAAUUAACAUUAUGUCCAGUUCCUGAAAUUAACUAUAAUGUUUCACUUUUAAAAAUAUUUACUUAAAAGUAAGUGUAUACAUUUGCUAUAACAAAACCCUACAUCAUUGCUAUAUUAGAAAGUGUAAUAAGUGUUUACAAGUACUAAGUCUCAUUAUAAGUAUCUUAUACCAAUUUAAAAUGUAUCUUUUACCAAACAUUGUAUGUAUGAAAUGUGUGUGGCAGUGUAUGGCAAUUAAAUAAAAAAGUGAACAAAUAACUUUUAAAGGACAAAAUUAUGAAACAACAUAAUUUUCAAAAAAUAAUUCGCUUAUGAAAACUUACAUUUUUACAAUCUUUUUAUGAAAUAGGCCUAGUUCUGAGAAAAUACAUUGUAUAAGACUAAAUUUAACUUUAGUUGUAAGCAUUGUGUACGGAAAAAACUAGUACAGCGCUUAACCAAUUUUUCAUACGUUCAAAAGGUAUGGAUUUGGUUUAAGUAUAAACAUGCAUGUAUUAGUUAAGAUUUGGACAUGAACAUUUCCGAGAAUUUUAGUGCAAUAUCAAAACAGAAAAAAUUGCCAAACAGAAAUAUCAUACAUUAUUUCAUGAGAGUUUUCCCUUUUUACUCUUUUGAAUUCCAGUACUACAAAUUUAUCUGCUGGCUGCAAUCAAUGUGAAAACAAUCUUGAAUCGUUUUCUGAUUUAAUUCUUUUCAAUUUGUUAUUUGACUUAUAUUUUACAAUUGUGGCUUAGCUUCAUGUACUUCUAUUUACUGCGAUAAGAUUCUGCAUGAUUUUUAUUUUUGUUUGUUACAGAUAAAAAAUCUGCCAUUGUUGCAAUUGUAGUGAAAAUUGUCGUUGAAUUAACUUAAUUUAGUAAUUAAACAUCAACAAAAUUCGUUUUAAAUGUUGAAACGAUAUUACAAUUUAGAAUGUACUGUCCUCUUAUUUACGCUAAUGCUUUUUACUUUGAAAAUCUCUAUUUCUAUAAAAAAAAUUAACAGUUAAUUGUUUUGUUCAAAAAAUGUUAUUUUAAUGAUUACAUUUUUUUUAAUGCGUGCUACUUUUACAAUAGAGACCGUUUCUAACACAAUUGAAAUAAGAUAUAUAUAGACCAGAAAUUAUAGUAUGCCUAUUUUUAUGGUAUAAUGAUAGGGAUCCAUGGUGUGUGUCAUUGUGUAUAUAUAACUUAAUUGUAGUUGUAAUUUUCUACUGUAAACUGUUAACAUUUAUUUGUAUUCUUUUUACUGAAAAGUUCUUGUUAAGUCUCCCAAACGAAGUUUGGUUCGUUUGGGAAGACUUAUUGGUUUUGCUCAGUUCUUAUUAUUAUUAUUAUUAUUAUUAUUCUUCUUCUUCUUCUUCUUCUUCUUCUUCUUCUUCUUCCGCCGCUUUUAAAUUUGAACUUGUCCGCACGCGUUCUCCAAAACCGCUUGUCAGAUUAACUUAGGGUUUCACAAUAUGCUAGACUAACAUGUCUUGUGGUGCAAUCAGGGUUUUGUUUGUGCAUUGGGGUUUAUAAAGGGGUACUUUGAGGGGCAAAAGAAAGGAGGGUUUUACUAUAGAACCCUAUGGGAUUUUAUUUUUAAAAAUUUUCAAAUGAUUAUAAAUUGAAAACCGUUUGUGAUGGACACAAUCUUUUUAAUUGAAAAUGUUCUAAAUGAUAAAGCACAUUAAAUGAAAUACAGGGUUAGUCCCCAGGGGUCACCCCCACCCCCUGCCAUUUAAGAAAGUUCUAAUAUUUUUUAAAUGGUUGAGAUCCCCACCCCUAAACCAUAUAUAUUCUGGUUUGUCAUGCUAAGAUGGUUUGAAUGAUAUACAGGGUUAGUCCCCAGGGGUCAUCCCGACCCCCUGCCAUUUGAGAAAGUUCUAAUAUCUUGUAAAUGGUCGAGAUCCCCACCCCUAAACCAUAUAUAUUCUGGUUUGUCAUGCUAAGAUGGUUUGAAUGAUAUACAGGGUUAGUCUCCAGGGGUCAUCCCGACCCCCUGCCAUUUGAAAAAGUUCUAAUAUCUUGUAAAUGGUCGAGAUCCCCACCCCUAAACCAUAUAUAUUCUGCUUUGUCAUGCUAAGAUGGUUUGAAUGAUAUACAGGGUUAGUCCCCAGGGGUCAUCCCGACCCCCUGCCAUUUGAGAAAGUUCUAAUAUCUUGUAAAUGGUCGAGAUCCACACCCCUAAACCAUAUAUAUAUUCUGGUUUGUCAUGAUAAAGCACAACAAAUGAAAUACAGGGUUAGUCCCAGGGGUCACCCCCACCCCCUGCCAUUUAAGAAAGUUCUAAUAUCUUGUAAGUGGUCAAGAUCCCCACCCCUAAACCAUAUAUAUUCUGGUUUGUCAUGCUAUGAUGGUUUGAAUGAUAUACAAGGUUAGUCCCCAGGGGUCAUCC